AUGUGGAUUUUUGCAGGCGGUGCAAAGCAUGACAGGCAGGCCGAUGAGAAUAUGUUGUCGCAUUCACUGGAUCGCAUCCGACUCGCCAAGGUGCUACAAAAAAGGAAUAGUUUGAAUCAACUGUUAGGUACGGAUCUGAGCAGGAUCCUGGAGAAUGGCGGCGCAGUGAAUGCUGAGAACAACGUCGAGAAAGAACUGAGUCGAGAAAAAGCAGAUGUGAAUGGCGCUGAGAGUUCGAUUCGACGCAGUUCCGAUGGAGUUGUUCUCGAGCAUUAUACACCGAGUAGUAAUAAAGUUGUGCAUCGAGAUGAACUCCCCAUCAAAUCAACAAAGUCGACAAAUUAUGACGACUAUGCGCCAUCUGAACCAGCAAUACCAACUCGAUUGCCAGUGACGAUGGUCAGGAAAAGCUUCAGCCACCAAAAUCUAGCUUCUACUUCAAAAGUCAACGGCUCUGCUCAAGUAAAAAAGCAUUUUCGUUAUAUUUUAAAUCAAUUAUCUUUUGAAAAAUUCUUGCUUUUUUAA